AUGUCUACCAACCUUUCACGCACCACAUCGGCAACAUCUGCAGCUUACAGUGAGCAACGGUUGGCUCGAGCCAAGAGUAUUUUGGAAAGAAACCUUAACAAGACCAGGGGUGCCGAGGUCAGCCUUAGUGCACAGACAUUUCUCUUUUCCGAGAUGCUUCAAUAUACCCAAAAACGAGUGAACGGUAUCCAGGACCUUGAGAGAAAAUUAAACGAAUUCGGUUAUCGCGUUGGUCUCCGGAUGUUGGAGCUGUUGGUGUGGCGUGAAAAGAAUGCCAAACGAGAAACACGAGUCCUUGGCGUGCUCUACUUUAUUCACAGCGUCGUAUGGAAGGCACUUUUUGGCAAACAGGCCGAUUCUCUUGAAAAGAGCACAGAAAAUGAAGAUGAAUACAUGAUAUCUGACAACGAUCCAAUCUUAAGUCGUUAUAUCUCAGUGCCAAAAGAACUAUCUCAACUCAACUGCAACGCAUUCGUAGCUGGUAUUGUGGAAGCGGUUUUGGAUGGAUGCCAAUUUCCUGCACGGGUCACAGCUCAUACGGUCCCUAUCGAUGGCUUUCCACAACGCACAACAGUAUUGAUCAAAUUAGAAAAAGAAGUUUUACAAAGGGAGGAGCUGCUCAAGUAA